GGUGUGGGAAGUAUCGAAAGGAAGAAAGCAGCACUCAAUAAUUCAUAGUGUAGCCUUCACCAGCCUGUGCGCAGACUACCGGAACAGAUAUCCUCAUAUCCUAUUCCUAAAUAAAUACUUUUUUUUGCAAUUAGCGGAUACCUACAGUAACCACAAUCCCAUACUUUCUUUUUGACAGUCAAAUAGACUAGGAUUAUUGUCGAAAACACGCAUAGAUUAUUUUUUUCCCCUUCCCAUCUCUUGCGACAGUCUGCGAUGUUCAUCCUAGCAUAUGCUGUGUGAAGCAGCAGGUGGCAAUGAUGGCAAACGGCAGUAUCCAGAGUCCAGGGGGAGGCAGGGCCAGGCUACAGCUCUAGCCACAGGCUGAGUGAUUCCAUGGACACUCAUUAACUCAAUGACACAAACCCGGGAUUGAGUGGGAAGUUUGGGAAUAUCGGCCAGGGGUGGACUGAAUGGGCGGGUCACUAACUGACUGAUAGACUGCUAUGGAAGGAGCGAGAUCCACUAGAAUCUCUGUGAAUGUAACUCUCGGCUCAUUUCCCCAGGGGGAGUUGAGCUGGGAUCGCUCAGCUAGGAUUAGAAACCAGUGCCGAGUGUCUGCCUCUGCCAUCCCAUGCUUCUAUCUGUAGCAGGCAGAGUUGGGGCGUUGCUAUGGCAACACUUGCCCUGCACCGGGGUGUAGAGUUGUCUCAUCACUUGCUCUACUAUCUCUGAUACCUGAGGUAGAUGGAACAAGCUUGACUACUGUACACGUUGUUAUAUUCACUUUGUUGAAGAGUGAUACACUUGAAAUUCUAUGGAGCCUAAUCCAGGAAAAGCAAUCAAAUCGAUGCAUGUUGAUCUCUGCUAUUAUAAAACACAUUUCUAUUUGAAAUAAUGACCAUUUUACAGAUGGGAUUAUUUACUUAUGUUUAUGUAUGACUCCAGUUCCUUUUAUUUGCUUUGUCAAAUCAUGUACCAUCCUUUCAGAUUUUCUUACCUCGUCAUGCAAUAACUGGUGGAGGUCACAGGAGCCAUGGCCAAACAGGACUCCCCACUGUUCCUCCAUGGCUUUGACCUGGGGGAUAUCUUCAUAGACCCCCAGCCCCUGGGCAGCGGGACCACUGGUCUGGUUCUGUCCGCUGUGGACAAGCGCAGCGGCCAACGGGUGGCUGUGAAGAAGCUGGUGAUGCGUGACGUGGUCAGCGUGAAGCACGCCCUGCGGGAGGUCAAGAUCACACGGCGCCUGCAGCACGAGAACGUGGUGCGCGUGCACGAGGUGUUGGGCCCCUAUGGCCGCCCGCUUCAUCGCCACCCAGCCCAGCUGAGCGCCCUGUACAUCGUCCAGGAGUGCAUGGAGAUGGACCUAGCUCACCUGCUGGAGCAGGGGGCACUUCCUAGCGGGCACACCACUCUGCUCUUCUACCAGCUCCUUCGAGGACUGAAGUUCAUCCACUCAGCCAACGUGCUGCACCGCGACCUCAAACCAGCCAACAUCUUCCUCAACACAGACCAGUUACUGCUCAAGAUCGGCGACUUUGGCCUGGCCAGAAUCGUUGACCCACACUACUCCCAUAAGGGCUACCUGUCAGAGGGCUUGGUGACUAAAUGGUAUCGGUCUCCACGCCUGUUGCUCUCUCCCAACAACUACACCAAGGCCAUUGAUAUGUGGUCAGCUGGCUGCAUCCUCGCAGAGAUGCUAACAGGACGCAUGCUCUUUGCAGGAGCCCAUGAACUGGAACAGAUGCAGCUGAUCCUGGACACGGUGCCUGUGUUGAGGGAAGAGGACCGCCUGGACCUUCUGCAGGUCAUGCCCACUUAUGUCAGCCAUGGCUGGAAGAUCAAGAGGUCAUUUAGGGAGCUGAUCCCUGAGGUGGAGGUGGAGGCGGAUGCCAUUGAUUUUCUGGAGCGUAUCUUGACCUUUAACCCCAUGGACCGGCUGACGGCAGAAGCGGCCCUGUCCCAUCCCUUCCUGCAGCAGUACUCAUUUCCUCAGGACGAGCCCAUGUCGCCCCAGCCCUUCCGCAUAGAGGACGAGCUGGAUGAUAGCCUAAUCACGGAGCCUGGCCACAGUCACAGCCAGGCCUUUAGCUCUCAUUGGGACAGGUAUGAGACCAGCCUGUCAUCAGACUUGUGCUGGCAGCAGCAGGGUGGGUGUCAGUGCUUGCCUGGGGUCUCGGAGGUGGGUGACCCAGAGGAGGAGGAGGUCCUGAGGGAUCCCAAGGCAGGCUCUAACCCCUUGUUGGAGGAGGCCCAGGUGGACCCUCGCAAGUAUUCCCACAGCAGCUCUGCUGAGCGCUUCCUGGACCACUCCCACUCCUCUCUGGAGCGUGCUUGUGGGGGCGGGGCCUAUACUGAGCUGGACUGUGACCGUUCCUGUGACUACAAAGUGGGCUCUCCUUCCUAUCUCGAUAAGAUUGCGUGGAGGGAAGACAAACCGCAGCACUACUCCGAGCCCAAACUGAUCCUGGACCUAUCUCACUGGAAGAGGAACAGACAGGUGCCUGAGCCUAGAGGGGCCAGUUUGGAGGAGCUGCCUGUCGAGGAGCCGCCUGGGGACCUGUUCCAGGAGAUAUCUCGGUGGGUGGAGAGCACUCAGUCUCUCCUCCACUCUCCCAGCCUGCCCCAGGAACCCCUGCCCUACUCCAGUUCACCCCCGCUGCCCCUCUCUCCCACUUUCCUCCCCGCUCCCCUCUUCCACUGCUGUUCGCCGGCCAUAAGGCCCUCAGCUGGACUGGACGAGGACGACACACUCAGCCCACCUGCCUCAUCCCGCUCUCCUCCCUCUCUGUUGCCCUCUUCUCCUCCGAUUCCUUCGCCAAUCCAUGAACGCCUCCAGAUGCCUCCCUCCAGGGGGCAAGAGAGCCCGUUUGACCUGGAUGUGUUCAUCACAGCCCUGAAGCGGUGUGGUCAGAGUGAGGACCUCGGUGGAAACCCAGACGGGGCCAAACAGGCCAACAUCAAUGGCGUAUCCAGGCUUCCAGAGCGCAGACCGCCCCCACGUCAGACUCCCAACUCCUGAAAGGAGCUGGGGUCCAAGGCUAACGCAGAGAGCACUGGUAGACUGAAUAGUGAACGCAUGUAGAAGGGGGUAAAAGGGGAAGUUGCACAUGAUUUAAUGGGUACAGUUCUUUUUUUCUUUACCCAUAAAUCAUUGGGGUGUGCGACUUUCUUUCAUAAGUAAGCGUUGCCUUGACACGAACCCUGCUCACUUAAACUAGCGGUGCUGCUCCUUUGUUCAGAGCUGCUUUUACUGUAUGUUACAAGAAUAAGAGGAGAGUGAGGUGUGGAUCAAGUGCCAUUUGGUACUGUACGAACAACGUAAGCUUCUGGUGGUUUUGCGUGGUCACUGCUGUAAAUGAAUGCACGUUGUACAGUAUCUAACUGAAAGGCCUAUGUUGCAGCGAUGUGUACUCAUUACAAGAAUGCCUGCAAAAUGAUCAACAUUUGGUUGGAGAGAGGAACCCCCGGGUAUUCUAUAGCAGAAUAGGUUGAAGAGAAAGCAAAUCAGCUAUUUUUGUUGAAAUUACUCUUAAACAUAACCCUUUUGGUUGUUAAGAUAUCUUCUGAAUGCGAGUAGCUAUACAGUAGGUCUCCCUGCAGCAAAUGGCUAUUUAGAAUUAUACGAGUAUCUUCCAUUUAGUGGGAAGUAUUUCCUAUAAAGAAAAGGGGUCUGAAUGUAUUUAUAGAUCCACGUCUUAGCAUAAGAACAGAUAUCUCUGGUCCAGGGAGUUGUGUUCCUCCAAUAAGGAAAGUGUUAGUGGAGGAACACUCACUAAUGACCUGGACCGGAGCUGAAGAACAGAUAAAGGGAGACGGCCCCUGGGAAUCCUAGAAUGAUGUCGAUACAUUUGAACAUUUUUACUGCUAACAAUUGUGCACAUUGAACUACUGUUUCUUACAGCAUCUUCCAGAUGCCUGUAAUUGUUUGUUGACAGGUUUACGGUGCAGCUUUUGUGUAUUUUUGUGUAUUUACCUGAGAAGGAGUGCUCUCACAGUACCACAGUAAGAUAUCUGUCUAGCUUUUGCACACCCAUGUUCUCAUGACAGGGAGAUAAAAACAGAACAGUGACAACACUGUAGUCAGCCUGUAGCUGAUUAUCAUCACCAAGCUGACAUCAGAAAGCCUUCGGAAUAGUCAUGCACAGGGAGCAACAGCUAAAAGGUCACACACUCAUCAAGCACUCUAAACUCCGUGGUAGGGUCCCAAACUACACCCUAUUAUUCCCUUUUGACCAAAACCCUUUGGGGAUUAAAGGCUCAGUAUGGUGAAAAAUGGGAAUUGCCUGUGUUUUAUAUAUAUUUCUACAAUAUGAGGUUGGAAUAAUACGGUGAAAUUGUGAACAUUAUGAUGAUGCACUUUUAGGGUAAGAGCAGUUUGAAAAGACCACCUGAAAGAGUUCCAAACCUCUCUGCCAAUAACAGCUAGUUUCCAGUUUUCCCCUCCCCACUACCAGACAGUCUAGCACAAUUCUUGCUAAGAAGCUACCUUUGUUUGUUUUCAAUUAAAAAUGGUCAGAAAAUAAAUCACAGUAAGGACCCUUAAUUGUUACCCAUAAAUGAUUUGAUAUUGAGAUAAACAUGGCUGCAUUGGACCUUAAGGUUCCAUUUGGGACAUAGCCCUCGUCUCCUGCUUUUGACCAUUGUUCCUACUAGUCAAUGACGGCGAACGUUCCAAAAUGUCACAAUGAUAUUAUACUCUUGAGUCAUGAGCAAUUCAUCUCAUUGCACAAUAUCACCUGGCAUUCUAAAGGGGACACAAUAAGCGAGCAUAGUCAAGUCUGGAAAUUGCAGGGUGCAAACUGUUUUCAGAGCAGUGCAUUGUCAUUUUAACAUACAAAAAAAAAGCACAUUGGACAGACACUGCCAGGGACCAGGUUCUUAAAGGUCAACUAGGCUUCAUGUGCAGUGUCAGAUGUUAUCUGGGCAAGUCCAUGUUAUUUUAUUGGUAAAAUAGGAGUCCUCAAUAAUAUCAGAAAUAUCUUAUUUGAUCCGAUGUGCUUGUUGAGACGGAAUUAUGUUCCUUUUAGUCUGGGAGCCGGGUUAUGAAUAUGCUUCAGAAUAGGCCUACAGGCUUUUGCACACCCAAAUAGGCCUACAGGCUUUUGCACACCCAAAUAGGCCUACAGGCUUUUGCACACCCAAAUAGGCCUACAGGCUUUUGCACACCCAAAUAGGCCUAGGCUUCCAGCUCGCUGAAUGUAAGUAGUUUUGCAUGGCUUGAUCCUUGAUGAAAACUAUCAAAAGAUUUUAACUAUAUAAAGUGUGGACCAUCUUUAUUUGAGGAUGUCCUGGUUGUAUCACAUAUGGUAGAAUCUGCAGCUUUCACAGCUGAAAUCAAUUUACACGAUCCCUUUUGCAGUUCCUGUUUUGCUGAUCAACUAAAAAUAAAAGUUUACUAAACA